GUCUGAAGCCUCUGUCGGGAGAAGAAGAAGUGAGCCGUUCAUCUUCAUCAUCCAUCUUCUCCAGCAGAAAAACAACAAGCAGACAGAGAACAAAGAGCAUCAUGGGAGCCGUUUUGGGCCUCUGCUCCAUGGCGAGCUGGAUCCCCUGCCUGUGCGGCAGCGCCCCCUGCCUGCUGUGCAGAUGCUGUCCUAGUGGAAACAACUCCACAGUGACGCGCCUCAUCUACGCCUUCUUCCUGCUGCUGGGCGUGGCCAUAGCCUGCAUCAUGCUGGCGCCCGGCAUGGAGGGUCAGCUCAAGAAGAUCCCAGGUUUCUGUGAGGGAGGGGCAGGUACCUCCCUCCCAGGUGUGGAGGGUCACGUGAACUGUGACGUGCUGGUCGGGUACAAAGCCGUUUACCGCGUCUGCUUCGGCAUGGCCAUGUUCUUCCUCCUCUUCUCUAUGCUCAUGAUCCGAGUGAAGAGCAGCCAGGACCCCCGCGCCGCCCUGCACAACGGGUUCUGGUUCUUUAAGUUCGCUGCAGCAACUGCCAUCACCAUCGGAUCCUUCUUCAUCUCAGAGGGACCCUUCACCACAGUCUGGUUCUACGUGGGCAUGUCCGGAGCAUUCUGCUUCAUCCUCAUCCAGCUGGUUCUCCUCAUCGACUUCGCCCACUCCUGGAACGAGUCCUGGGUGGAGAAGAUGGAGGAGGGGAACUCUCGCUGCUGGUAUGCAGCCCUGCUGUCGGUCACAGCUCUGAACUACGUGCUGUCUCUGGUCUCUCUGGUUCUGUUCUACGUUUACUACACACACUCUGAGGGCUGCACCGAGAACAAAGUCUUCAUCAGCAUCAACAUGCUACUCUGCAUCGCCGCCUCCGUCAUGUCCAUCCUGCCUCAGAUCCAGGAGUCUCAGCCUCGCUCUGGUCUGCUGCAGUCCUCCUUGGUCACCCUGUACACCAUGUACCUCACCUGGUCUGCUAUGACCAACGAGCCAGACAGGAAGUGUAACCCCAGCCUCCUGGGGAUCAUCGGGCUGAACAGCACCAGCCCUGCGGGUCAGGACCAUGUGGUCCAGUGGUGGGACGCACAGGGGAUUGUGGGAUUGAUCCUGUUCCUGAUGUGUGUGCUGUACUCCAGUAUCCGUAACUCGUCCAAUGCACAGGUAAACAAGCUGACCCUGACGAGUGACGAGUCGGCUCUUAUUGAGGACGGUCCUCAGACGGACGCCUUCGAGGAGGACGGUGCUCUGAGCCGAGCCGUGGACAAUGAGAAGGACGGAGUGACGUACUCGUACUCCUUCUUCCACUUCAUGCUGUUCCUCGCCUCGCUCUACAUCAUGAUGACGCUCACCAACUGGUACAGUCCGGACUCGAACUACGAGGUGAUGACGAGUCGUUGGCCGUCCGUGUGGGUGAAGAUCUCGUCCAGCUGGAUUUGUAUCGCCCUCUACGUGUGGACGCUGGCUGCUCCGCUCGUCCUCGUCAACAGAGACUUCGACUGAGCAGGCCGCAGCUGAUCCCGCCCCCUGAAUCACUGCUUACGCCGCCCCCAUGCUACAGCUUGCUAUCCUGCUGUGACCCCACUCCCUGUAGCUUUUGUUGUUGUAAAUAUGUGGUGUGUGUUAGAACAGAGCUGCAUGCUUCUUUAACUCUGUGACUCUUAACAGUGUGAGAGCAGCGCCACCUGUGGCCAGCAUCAGUAUUACAUUAAUUAAAACUGUGUUUCAUGUAAAAAAGGGAGAGACUGAUCAGCUUUAGUGCUGUGUAGCAGAGUGUUGUAAUCAUUAAUGACCUGCUCAAGUAAGUGUGUAUCUGCAGCACACACACACACACACACGCCUGUGUUUGUUGCUCUGACUUUAAUGUAUAAAUAUUGUUUAGAUGAGUUAACUUAUUUGGUGGUGUUAGCAUUAGUAUGUAGCUUCUCUCAGAGUUUGGUUGUUUUUGUGCUUUUAUUCUGAAAAUCUGUACCUGGUUUAAUAAAAGUCCACUUAAAGACAA